AUGGUGCAGGCCACCAUGGGCACGACCAUGAACAAUCAUAUGGAGACGGCUACACGAAAGGAUUCGACCAGGGCGGAUAUGGCGACUACGGUAGCCACAAGUACGGAGGAUGGGGAAGUUAUGCAAAAGGAAAGGAACACGGAUCAUACUUACGGAUCCGAAUACGAUGACGGUUACGGUAAGGGCCACCACGGUGGGGAACAUCACGAAGGCGGACACGAAUACCACGAUGGCGAUCAUGGCCAUGGUCACCACGGCCACGGCCAUGACCAUGAUCAUUUCGGUCACGGCUUCCACGGACUCCAUCACGGCCAUGGACUUCAUGAUUUCGAUCAUGACUUCCACCAUCAUGGUGAUCAUCACGGGCACGGCCACUACUGA